GUUACUUAAUCACAUAAAGUACAAUUAAAUCCUGUUUAAUUUCAUGUUACUAUUGACCUCAUGUGAUUACCAACUUAUGUUAACCCAAUUGAAUAUAUUGAUUAGUACAAAUAUAUUAAUAUGGUGGGUUAAUUAAUCUGGAGACAACACACUUAUGUCCAAGAUUCAUCACGUGAAGGCCCACUUGUAAUGCAAAAAAAAUUAUUUUUAAUUUUAAUUUCCUAGCUUUUGUGAUACGAUCACCAUUAGCGUAUGAAUAACAUUUAGAGACGGAGGGAGUAAUAUGUUUUUUAAAGAACAUAGAGGGUUUAUCAAGAUUACAAACAGUUAAAGGUGCAUAAUCGAGCUUAUUAGAUUGUACUGUAUAAAUUAGGAGCUUGUAGACUAAAUAUAUACUAUACGUGAUCGAUCGCAAUAGCUUGAUUCUGUCGUCAUCUUAACUUUAUUUUCUUUUGCAGCGGACACUUUUCUUCGUGAGCACUCUUUUCAUUUUGUCACAGCCCUUCAUCUUUUAUAUAACCAAACAAAUGCAAAUAUGACUUCAUUACACUGCUUCAUUAAAAAGAAAGUGAAAGGUAAGAUCAUUAAACAAAGAGAAGCAGAAUGGGUGAUUGGGGGCCAGUUUUCGUGGCGGUGGUGUUGUUCAUAUUACUAACACCAGGGCUUCUUGUACAGAUUCCCGGUCGCAGCAGGGUGGUUGAGUUCAGUAGCUUCAAUACGAGCGGUCCAUCCAUACUGGUUCAUUCGCUCAUCUUUUUCACUUUGAUCAGCAUCUUAUUGUUGGCUGCUGGUGCUCAUGUCUACAUUGGCUAACAAGGAGGAUUGCCCUGUAAGCUCUGUAUGACACUAAUCAUAAUUUAUGCGAGUUUCUUGUAAAAAAAUAUUUGAUGAUGGAACAUAAUUUAUGAUCCUGAUUAGUUGUACAAGGUAAAAUUUUCCUUGGUACCGGAAUUUUUUCUGUUUUUUUUUAAAAAAAAAAUCUCUUAUAGAUUUUGUCAUUUUCUUGCCUCCACCCAACUAAUUUGGUGGACUAGAUUUGUGUUUGUUUGUUUUUUUUUAAACAUCAGCAAGAAUUGUGUUUGUUGAUGUGAUGUAGAGUCUCAUAAUUUAUCACUCAAUACAAUUCUUAAUUUACAGAGGAAA